AUGUCUCUGCGAACAAGAAAGGAAAUUCCUUUACAGCAGUUAAUACUUGGUAUUGGGACGAUAUACAGUAACUCAAUCUCUCAGGUUACUGAAUUUCUAAUCAGGAUUCUACUCCUAACUCCCUGGACAAAGUUCUGUUAUUUCAUAUUGAUCGGCCUCCAGAAGUCUUCAAAAGAUUCUACACGAUUUCAUGAAUUGACAUUGGAUUCAGAUUUAAUGUGGAAGAACAAAGUGUUAUAUCAGGUGGCACAUCAACUGGGGCUGGGGGAGUUUCCGGUUCUAACAGUAGCAUUUUCCACCUUCAUAACAAGUAUGCCAAACAUGAAUACGCUGCCUCAGGUUCGAAAUUCAAAGGAGUGGCCAGAGAAGGAAGCUGCAAUGGCAGAUGGCAGUGCAGCUAUCAACCUUCGUAAUGGAGACGCUCAGUACAACUUCCCCUGGAGCGAUGUCACUAUCCACGAGCAAAACGUCCAAGGUCUGCACAAGCACAAGUAG